UGUAUUUCCUCUCCCCGGAUAGGUUGCUCUGGCGAGGGCCGCUGUGUCACGUGGACUCUGCUCCCGCCGCCACCGCCUCCGUCGUCUUUCUCUGUCUCCACUGAGGCAGCCAUCUUGCUCUUGCCGCGUGCUGGUGUUUGAGGACCCUCCCUGCUUCAGAUUUACCACAGCAUGAAUCAAGAAAAGUUAGCCAAACUUCAGGCUCAGGUCCGGAUAGGGGGCAAGGGUACAGCUCGCAGAAAGAAGAAGGUGGUACAUAGAACAGCUACAGCUGAUGACAAAAAACUUCAGAGUUCUCUAAAAAAACUGGCUGUCAAUAAUAUAGCUGGUAUUGAAGAGGUAAACAUGAUUAAAGAUGAUGGAACAGUUAUUCAUUUCAACAAUCCCAAAGUCCAAGCUUCCCUUUCUGCCAACACCUUUGCAAUUACUGGUCAUGCAGAAGCCAAACCAAUCACAGAAAUGCUUCCUGGAAUAUUAAGUCAGCUUGGUGCUGACAGCUUAACAAGUCUUAGGAAGUUAGCUGAACAGUUCCCUCGGCAAGUGUUGGAUAGCAAAGCACCAAAACCAGAAGACAUUGAUGAGGAGGAUGAUGAUGUUCCAGAUCUUGUAGAAAAUUUUGAUGAGGCAUCAAAGAAUGAAGCUAACUAAAAUUUUUUCUGGUUUUUGGAAGCUGGCAUGGACUAGAUUUAACAUCAGCUAUGUGGUUCCAAAGUUUUACAGACACGGAGAAUAUCAACUGUUACUAGUUCAGUAAUAUAAAUAUUUUGUAUAUUAAUAAUGCUGUUUGUUCAGCAUUUUUUGGUCAUAUAAUUUUGCAUUUUGCACUUCCUCCCAGGAUCUACUCUUUUGGUCAAAAUAAGAAGUAUUGGUGCAGCUUGAGGGUGUCUUGAUUUUUGAUUCUUGGUUUUUUUGUUUGGGAUAUUUUUGGUGUGUGUAUGUUUAUGUGUGUGUGUGGGUAUGUGUAUAUACAAUGGAGAGCAAAUUGGAAAACAGUUCUAUUUAUCCUCCUUCUUCCCCCAGUAGAAAUAAAACAAAUCUUUACAUCUGUUACUUUUAAUUUUUUUUCUAAUGCAUAAAAUUAAUGAAAAGUGAAUUAACCUUGGAUUUCAAAUCUGAAGAGAAUUUUAUCCUUGAAGGUUUGGUUUUCAUUUGCUUGGUUAACACAUUUGUCAUACAUUUCUCUGGGUUUAAAAUGUCUUGAGAUAUUUUCACCAGCUUCCUGCUGGUGAAAUAGGUAGCAUAUCUUUGGUGCAAUUGCCUUAGAUUUCACUUACCUAGUCAGACCCAGAAGUAGUUUCUUUCUAAAUUCCUUUUUCCCUCCUUUUGACCUCUACAUGGCCUGGUACGUCUUUGGAAAUGCUCUUCCUCAUCUUCCACCUAGCCUCAGAAGAAUGUUCUCCGUAUAGAGUUAAGUGAGUGCCUAAUCCCUCUUUUUUGGGACUUUGUUCCCUUAUCUUAAGGCAUAACACUUCAUCUUCAACUUUUUAUUUCCCCCUUGAUUUUACAGUUUGGUAGAUUUCAAACUGGAAUAGCUAGCAUGUGCUUGCUAAAUAAUUUUAUGCCAGCCUUAUCCUGUAUCCUAGCUGUUCUUAAUAGCAGGUGCAAAAAUGCCUUUUUUUUUUUUUUUAUAGUGAGGUUGGAAUUGGGAAUGUCCUUUUGAAUCAGGAAAAAAAAAAUAGGCCAUAUACUCAUCCCCCAGCACCAAAGGGCAUUCUGUGAAGAGUUAUUGGCCUGAGGAGGAUUUCUUCAACCACUCUCCUACUCUGGCCUUGAACCUACCUCUAGAUUGGAUAUUAUUAUUAUUGCUGCUCACAGCAUCCUCCUGCAUGCUUACUAGAGUAAUGCUUUGGGAGAACACUGGUAAAACACAGUAUUUAAUUGUCACCUCCUUUCAGAGGACUUGGAGGUAAGUUGCAUUCAUUCAAGUUUCCCUCUUGAUAUCUAAUGAUAAAAGCUUGCAUUUUGCUAUAUCAGCAUUUGUUUUAGCUAAUAUUUAAGGAUAAGAUUUAGAAAAUCAUUUCCUGGCCCAACAUCAAACUAACUGUGGCUUAACCUCACAGCCUGUCAACUUUGUUUCAAGCUAGAUAUCUUGAUUUGACAUCUAAAGUGCAAGACCAACAACAUAUCAAGCAAUCUGUAAACACAAAGGCAAAGCUCUUGUGUUUUAUUGUCCAGACACCUCAAUUUAUUUUAUAAAUUUGUUCAUUUUCCUGUUAUGUUUUAUAUAAUAUAUGGACUUAACUACAAAAUAAAAUAACAAAAGAGGAUAUUUCCUCUUGGCUUCUCUUAUUGUUGUCUGCAGAAUUUCCUUCUUUUGUAUAUCACCUCUACCCCCAAGUCUCAAAUGAAUUUCAGCCCAAUCAUUUGAAAUAAUGUUUCAUCCAUUGUUACUCUAAGUGGUCUAUAUCAGGGGUGUCAAACUAAUUUUCACCAGGGGCCACAACAGCCUCAUGGUUGCCUUCAAAAGGCCGAAUGUAAGUUUAGGACUGUAUAAAUGUAACUACUCCUUAACAGUUAAGCAAGAGCUGGGUACUGCCACCAGGUAGAAACAAGGUGCCAGGCCAGAUAAAACAAGGUGGAGGGUCAGAUUUGCCACCUGUGGUCUAUAUAGUCCAGAGUUCUGUUCCUCUGUCACCAAAGGACACAUUGUGGGGCAGAGAUGGUUAGGAUGGGCAUGAAGUGGUUAAGGACAUGUAAGAGAUAAAGAGGAAAGGAAAAGGGGAAAGCCUCCUGUCUUCAUCUGAAAGAUAGGAGGCUGGGUCUUAGUUUAGACUCUGGCAAUAACUACAUGACCCUGUACAGGUCACCUAAUUACAUAAUCUGAAAUUUAUCAGUCCAAUGAGGUGUUUCUAAAUCUUAAUGUUUCUUGCUGUCCUGUAAAACUCAUUACUGAAAAUUCUCAAGGAGAUGAUUUUAUCAUCUUUUCAGAAAUAUCUUUUUAUCAAUACCCAUAAAGCCUUUAACUACUCACCCAGAGGAACUCUGCUAUUUCCUUUUAUCCUGUUAACAAAUGUCUGGCCUCUCUCAUGUGCAAUAAGCUAGUAGUGUUUUUUUAAAAAGUUUUCAUACCUUCUUUCCUGGACAAAGCAUAUUGAGAUCCUGGCUCAACCCAAAGAAAUGUUCCUGCCUUCAGAAUGAGUAGGCAUAGGUAACAGUAUGAAUGAAACUUUUAUAAAUUGUAGUGUUCUUGGCACAAAAAAGAAUUGCAUAGUUUUUUUUUAAUAUGGGAAGUAGUUACUAAAUAUGUACUUUUUCCAAGGUUAUGUAUUUAUUGCCAAGAUAAUUAUAGAAGUAUUUCUGGGGAAAUUCACCUGAAAUUUUGGGGGCAAUUGAAGAAAUGUCUUUUUGCAAAAAAAUCAAUUCAUGGUCUUAAUUUUUGUGGUUAGCGCUUUCAGUUUUUGUAAAGCUCAUUUAUCUACUUUUAGGAAGCCCAAAGUAAAUAGUUGAGAUCUCAUAUUUGUUUUACCUGUACUUUUCCCAUUAAGCAAUGGUUUAAGAAUAA